CUAUUUUUAAUUCAACGCCGACCUAUGGAAAUUUAUAAUUUGGAAAUUAAAUUUGUAUGGUGUCAUUUUAGAUAUAAUAGUACUUGUGUUAGACGAAAGAUUGAAGUAGAUGUAAGGGUGAGAGAGAAGAUCGGGCAGAGAACAAUGGUGAAAGUGCACAAGAAGACUUUGUUGGCUUAAUCAGAAAAUAUCUGCCUGCACUUUCACACAUUAAAGGAUUGCGGCGUCCAUGGCAUAUUUUAAAAGCCAUUAGAUUAAGCAAGAGCUUGAAAGAACAUCAGGUCAUCGAUAUUCUUUAAGCUGAGAUUAAUGUACAUGACCAUUUUGCUUUAAACACUGCAAAGGUAGGAAAGUUAAGCUGCUCUAUGUGAAGGUCAUUUGUAAGGCUGGAAUUGGGCAACUACUCUGGUGCCCUCCAAGAUGCUGAAGAGGCUUUGGCAUUAGCUCCCCGUGACUCGGAUUCUUCCAUUAUAAAAAGAAACAAAAAACUUGCUUUCCAACGAAAGAGAUGGGGAGGAUGGUGGGUCAUUUUCUUGUUUUGGUUCACAGAAAGGUGGUAAGCGCAUUGUGCCUGCAUCUCGCAUUCCUGAGAGUAGCGGGCCAGCCUCUCAGCCAAAUGGACCUCAAGUGGUUGGGUUGACAAAUCAAGCCACAGGACAAGCUCCUUCUCUCUUAGCCCCCACCUUCUUCACCAGCAUCUUUCACUCAUUCUGCCCUUCCUUCCACUGCACAAUCACCUAGUUGUUUCUUAUCCUUAUCCGCUAACUCACCUGGUGGUCCUUCAUCUACAAUGUAUGCCACAGGACCAUACGCUCAUGAAACACAGCUGGUGUCUCCUCCAGUCUUCUCAAACUUCACUACUGAACCAUCAACUGCCCCUCUCACUCCUCCACCUGAGUUGGCUCAUUUAACAACUCCCUCUUCCCCAGAUGUACCUUUUGCUCAUUUUCUAUCUUCUGUGGAUCUCAAAAACAGUGAUAAGGGUAACUACAUCAAUGCAAAUGAUCUUCAAGCUACAUAUUCAUUCUACCCUGGAAGUCCUGCUAGUAGCCUUAUAUCUCGAAUAUCAAGAAACUCAGGUGACUGUUUAUCAUCUUCUUUUCCUGAACGGGAGUUCCGUCCACAGUGGGAUUCAUCAUUGUCUCCUGAGAAUGGACAAUAUCAGAGAACAGGGUCGGGGAGGGUAUCUGGGCAUGACACAAAUGGUGUCACUAGUGCUUCCCAAGAUACAAAUUUCUUUUGCCCUGCCACCUAUGCACAAUUCUACUUGGACCAAAAUCCUCCAUUUCCUCGUAAUGGUGGGAGAUUAAGUGUUUCAAAAGAUUCAGAUGUUCAAUCUACUGGUGGAAAUGGACAUAAGAGUAGGCAUGCUAGAAGUCCUAAGCAGGAUGUGGAAGAAAUAGAAGCUUACCGAGCAUCGUUUGGUUUCAGUGCAGAUGAGAUUAUAAGUACCUCUCAAUAUGUGGAAAUUUCUGAUGUAAUGGAGGAUUCAUUUACUAUGAUGCCCUUUGCCUCUGGCAAGUCUACAAUGGAAGAAAACAUAGAGCCUUCAUUAAUGAAAGGGUUCAAAGCUCAGGAGACUCAGGUGGCAUUGCAGAGUAGUCUUGGCUCAGAUCCAGGUCCAAUAGGCAAGGAAGCAGACAAUCAGGCCACCAUAUAUCAAGGAUAUGAAGAUCAUAAAUCACAAAGGCACGGUAGCAACAACUCUGGGUUCAGCACACCAGAGAACCCUACUCUUGUAGAUGAUGAGGAUAUAUUCUCAAAAAUGGAAUCUUCCAGAAUUAGCAGGAAAUAUAAGAUGGGGUUAUCGUGCUCCGAUGCUGAGAUUGACUACAGGAGAGGAAGAAGCUUACGAGAAGGAAAGCGAAUGUGAUUUGGCAUGACUAAGAAUUAAUCAGUUGAGAACAUAUUAUCUGUUAUCUGUGUAUUAAUUUGUAGCUUUGUUUCAAAAAAAGAAAAAGAAAUUCUUUACUUGGGGUUGUCUAAUAGAUGGGAUGACCUAACUUAGAUCUAACCGAUUCUGUCCAUCGUGUUUGACCCGAUCUUACUGAUCAAUGAAUGUAGUCUCUUUCUUCAAGCAAGUUCA